AGACUCAAGACCGGCAAGGCAGCAGGCAGGGACCAACUAAAGAAGGAGCGCUACGAGCUGCUAAGUGCGCACAGAAAGAGUCUAGUGAGGGAAAAGGUGCGCAAAUACUGGCGAGAGGGGGCCCUAGACGAAGGCGAAGUAGACUCACUAAUAGUGGUGCUACCAAAACCAGGAAAGGACCACAGCAGCACUGCAGGCUGGAGGCCUAUAGCCCUUCUAAAUUUCUUCGCAAGGAUCUUCGCAUCCGCACUAUGCCUCAGACUUGUUGGCCCAAUAGACCAGGCACUCUCAGAAGCACAGGCAGGAUACCGACCCUACCGAAGGGCAAUAGACAACACCCUGGCGCUAAAGUUAGCGAUCCAGGCACGGGCAGCAGUGGGGCGCGCCGCGUCUGUCUGUUUUGUGGACCUGACGCAGGCCUUCGACACGGUGCCACGAAAGCUGGUGGCCAGAGCCUUCGAGGCAUAC